AUGGACGCAAAACAACAGAAUAAACGAAGGACAAAUUCCAUUGACAUGACGCCAAUUCUCCCAGGUCUGAAGGCCACACCGGCCAAAGUGCAGCAAUACAUCUUCCAAAUCUUGCAACAUGAACAUCUCCCGGGCCUGAAGGCCACACCGGCCGAAGUGCAGGAAUAUAUCUUCCAAAUCCUGCAACAGGAGAACUUUGCACAAGGCAAAGCAGAGCAGAUCGCCGGCCGCUGGACCGUGGGAACUGGCAGAGAGUUGCGCUCCUAUCCCCCGGCCAUGCUGCGCAAGAUCUUGUUCUUCGACAUGGAUGAGCAGGAGAUAUGGAGGCUGUACAUGGCACUCAAGACUCCUUACCACCGUGCAGCACGUCGGAAUACCAUUGUGAUGGCGCUGAAAAUCGGCGUCGCGUUAAUCGCGCCCACUGUCCUCUGUUUCGUACAAGCGUGUCGUUCGGACAUGCUGGAUGGGCCGUUUUGGUUGAUUGCGACGGUUAUUUGCAUGUUCGCGUUGGUGUGUGACUUGACAGUCUUGCUUAUCACCUACGUGAUGGAAGAUCCGGAGAGCGACACGGAGAAAGAGUUGCAGAAGUGGAUGCAGACAGGGUCUGAUGGCAAUGUGGACGAUGGGUCCGGGCGUCAGAAGCAAUAG